AUGGCUAGUGCGGCUGGAAAGAAUCAACGAGCCCCUCAUUCUUUAGGUAGAGCAGAGGUAGUUCCUGUAACUGGCACGGCCGGUCGUGUUCCCGUGCCGCAACCUGGACAGGAUGCGAGACCGCCUGUAGAGCACCGUGACUCCCCGGCGCGUUACCCCUGGGUCGGGCCUGCAUCGCGUCCCGCUGCUGGGGGUCGUAUGGCGCAAGCGGCACAACCACCAAAGCCUAAUAUGGACCUCUGCCGCGAGGCACUUCAGCUUCGUAUUCUGCGGUCGCACGUGGCGCUCUGCAGUGGCUGGGUCGAGGCUAAGAAAAGUUCGGAGCCUGUUCCGGUGCCUACACGCCCGUUACCGCGGGAUUCAUCGGGUUCGCUUUCAGUGACUUCGGCGGUGAGUGAGCGAACUCCCUCACAGGGAGACGACGAGAAGGUAGAUAGACACAAGUUACGACGCGAGUUUUCAUCUCCAGAUCUGGGUGAGUUCAAUAACCUCUCAGUUGAACAGCGGAGUGUGCCUCAUCGACCACUGCUUCCCGAGUUUGCACACGCGGGGAGCAGAAAGCUGCAAAGCGCGCGACAGCAAGGAGACUCCGGCGGGGUAGCGAUAGCGUCCGUACAAUCGUCAACGUCGGACGGCUCGCAGGCGAGCGUCGAUGCAGCGAGCCACUCGGAGCAGGAAGCAUCCCCGAGCCCAGCAGAGCGUCGACCGCAUGAAUUCGACCAUACGCAGCGGGACCAAGCCAUAACAAAAACAUCAAAAAAUGAGACUUCUCGGCAAGCGGUUUCCAAAAUGGGCACCAAGCCCGCUGCGUCAACGGGUCGCGGGGGGACCCCGCCAGCACCCUCGCACAGGGAGAAGGGUGCCGAACGGGACAAAGGCCGCGUAGCAAAGACGUUUUCCAAACUGCUGAUCCCGCGGAAAUUGUCGCUGGAAUCACUUGCGAAGAAGAUGACCUUUGGUCUGGUACGAAAGAAACCUCAGCGUGAGCCGUGGCAACUGCUUUGGGCUGAGGUUCGUGCCGGUUUGCUCAUCUUCUACCAGUGCGAUAAGGCAAAAUCACGAGGAAUGCCCUGUCCAUAUGCCAUUGUUCCUCUGCUUGGAUGUACAGUUUACAGUCGAACGGUGGAUCUGUGCCGCUCAGAAAAGGAGCAGGGUGCCUGUGCGAUUACAUAUCAGGCCGGUGCAGGCGUUUCGAGUUCCUCUGGUACAGAUUCGUCUGUGGCGAGUGAAUGCCCAUGCAGAUCCGCAUAUGAUGCGGUCUCCCAGUACUAUGCUCGAGCCGGAAAAUCCGGCCAAUCUGGUAAUGAUACGAACGACGAUGGGCCGCUCGUUCUCCAGUUGGAGCCGAAUUCCGAAUUUCUCCAUCGAUCGAACGAAACCUCGCACAAUCCCCAAUUCCGUUCCAUUCGAAUGCGAUUCCAGACCGUGGAGGAGCUCUUCCACUGGCAUCAUGUGCUCUCUCUAUAUUCGUCACAUCGCGUGGUCACACGUGCAGACUUUGAUCUCAUUUGCCUGUUAGGACGGGGUGCGUUCGGACGGGUCGCCCUCGCUCGAGACCUUCACGGCUCGGGAGCGUUAGUCAGCAUUAAGUUUAUCGACAAACGCAUGAUUUUUAGCAGCCGCGACAAACUGCGGCGUAUGGUGGAUGAGCGCCUCAUCCUCCAAGCUGUCACAGGGAAACCGUAUUUUGUCCGACUUUUGUACGCUUUUGAAACUGGCGACUCGCUUUGCAUGGUCAAUGAUUUUUGCGAGGGAGGUGACCUGUUCCACUUCCUUUCAGCGUUUGCAGUGUAUCGCGAACGGCAGUACCGCGCGCGGGAAGAGGCGGGCGAAAAAAUCGACUGGGAUCGCUUUCGUCGCAUUCGGCGAUCGUUGCCAUUGCCGGUAGCGCGCUUUAUCGCAGCUGAGAUCCUUGCCGCGCUGGAAUUCCUGCAUCGCGCGGAUAUCGUGUACAGAGACUUGAAACCGGAGAACGUUCUAAUCGACAAUCAAGGGCACAUUUGUUUAACGGAUUUCGGUCUGGCGCGCGUUCUUGAAGCCGUUCCAGCACAUGCUGGCUCUGCUGCUACAUUGAGCGGCGACGGUGACCUGGACGCCGCCCACCAUAUCAAGCCGGGUCGCCACGCAAUAUCCGACGUCUCGUCUCCAUCGUCUUCGUCUUCAUCGACGUCGUCGUCGACAACAGCAAGCCCGGACAAUUCUUUCGCAGCAGCCCUGGAUGGCACCGCCAACGACGACGACGACGACAAUGCUGCACCCGAAGGUAAGCACCCCAGCAGCGGCAACGGCAACGAGACGGCAUAUGUGCGUCAACGAGCGUCGUCGUUCUGUGGAACCAAAUCGUAUAUCUCACCGGAAAUGCUCAAGACACGGGCUCGUCUGCUGCAUGGAUACGGCUUCUCCGUCGACAUCUGGGCGUAUGGAGUGCUCCUCUAUGACAUGCUGGUUGGCAGACCACCGUUUUAUUCCAGCGAUCGGGAGCGCAGCUUUGCGCUUACGAUGACGGCGCGUCUGAGUAUCCCAGACUUUGUGGAUGAGACGAGCGCGGACUUCCUCAUGCGUUUGCUGGAGAAGAACGAACGAAAGCGAAUCGGUUGCCGUUCUGCGUUUGCGACCGAUUUCGACGAGAUCAAACGGCACCCGUUCUUUGCGGGAAUCGACUGGAACCUGGUGGAACAGCGCAGAUUGCCAGUUCCCCAGGAGAUUAUGGAUGUGCUCCAACUGGGCCCCGACGCGGCACAGAAGGCGAACGUCGACCCGUCCAGCGUCGAAUGGAUUGUGCGUAACUUUGAUCGCCGCUUCACUGAAAGUGAUAUGGACUCGCUCAUCGCCGCCCUGAACCGCUCAUUCGAUGAGUCCUCGCACCCGCUCGGUGUUGGUAGUGCAGUACAGGUGAGUACCAAACAGAGCGAUCCAAGUGCCGCACGGCGUAACCGAGCCGGCAGCAUUCCCGGCUUUAUGUUUACGUAUGAGGUUGCCGCAACCGGUGGAGCGCCCCUGAGCCGAGUGCGCACCGCUGACUCGAAAGCAGCUGCGUGA